GCGCUCUCGGUGCCCAAGGAACCGGUGCUGCAGGCAUCGGUGGUGAGGGUGGUAUUUCUGGCGGAAUCGGAGGCUCGGCCGGGCUUAACGGUGGUCUCAACGGCGGCCUGAACGCCGGAGCGACUGGCACAGGUGCUCUCGGCGCCCAGGGAACUGGUGCUGCUGGUUUGAACAUUGGAGCAGGGCUUGGUGGCUCAGGCUCAGCCGGCUUGAAUGCAGGAGCAGGGCUUGGUGGCUCAGGCUCAGCUGGCUUGAACGCAGGAAUCGGCGGUUCUCUUUCUGGCGCUGCUGGCGGUUCCCUCGACGUACAUCUCGGUCUCAACAGCACCGUCAACGUCUGGGGUACUUUCGAGAUCCUCGCCGACCACAUUCACUCCUACACUGGUGCAAUCAACGCCACCUGCAACGGCAUCUCGGGCAAGGCCUCUGCUGCUCAAGUCGCUGAAGUCAAGGAGAACAUCCAGAUCCUCAUCGGACUCAUCGGUGAGGCCAAGGCUCACCUCAGCACUGUUAGCGGCAUCUCUGGCCACAGCAGCACUGAGCUCGCCGGUCUGAUCGCCGAGCUCCUCCUCGAGGUCGAGUUCACUGUCAAGUUCGCCAUCAAGGUCUGCGGUCUCUCCGGUCUCAAGCUCGUCAUCUUCUCUCUCGCCACUGCUUGCCACGGUUUGAUCACCAUUGCAUGCUCCGUCGUUGUCGGCCUCAAGGCUGAGCUCGCCGCUCACCUCAGAGGUGUUGUUGGCCUUGGUGCUUACGUUCUCGGCAGCAUCAUCUCCUUCAUCCUCUAG